CGAGUGAAUAUAAAAAGUGAUAAACAACCAUUUCUAAUAAAUCGUUUAAAAUUAGUGGACGUUCUUUAGUAGCGGACUAAUGAAUUCAUCAAAAACGAUUUGAAAAUUAGAAAAUGAUAAAUAUAUUGAAUUAGAAAAGCAAGAAAGAAAAAUCUCGAACGAAUACAUUUAUGAAAACAAUUCAAAUUAUUUUAGUGGAUAAAAGUGAAGUUAAAUUAUUUCGGUAAAAAAAAUUAAAAUAAAAAUUAAAUUUGCAGUUAAAUCGAAAAAGUGAAAAGGAAAAAUAAAACAUAAACAACAAUAAAAAAUAAUAAAUUGUUUUAAUUAAACGCAAAUGAACAAAUGGAAGCAGUGAAGAGCAAAGGUCCUAAGCUGGGUGUGCGUCAUUUGCAGACUCUGCUAUUAUUUUUUGACAUCGUUGUCGCAUAUAUGGCUCGUUUAAAUGUAGGUGUGGCCGUGGUAGCGAUGACCAAUGCUGAAACCUCAAAUCCUGAUUUUCCGGAAUUUGAUUGGGAUGAAAAGCAAAUCUCCUACAUACUCUCGAGCUUCUUCUGGGGUUAUGUCGCUACGCAAUUCGUUGGUGGUUCUUUGUGUAAACAUUUUGGCACAAAACUGGUGAUGACUGUCUCGACAUUUGGCUCAGGAUUGGGUAGUGCUUUAACACCUUUAUGUGUAAUGAAAGGUGGUUGGCAAGCGUUUUGUGCAAUUCGCGUCGCAACGGGUUUGUUUCAGGGCAUGAUGUUUCCCUGCAUACAUCAGCAUUUAGCCAAAUGGUCUCCACCGGAUGAAAGAAAUCGUUUGGGUACUCUUAGCCAUACGGGCAUUGAAUGCGGCACAGUUUUGGCUUUAGGUGUUAGUGGUAUAAUAGCGGAAAGCUCUCUCGGCUGGCCAGGAAUAUCUUACGUAUCGGGUGGCUUGUGUUUUACAUGGUGCAUAUUAUGGUGGAUAUUGGGUGCCAAUAACGCCAAUGAAUCGAAAUUUAUUAGUAAAACUGAACGAGAUUACAUUGAGUCUUCUUUAGUAAGAGCAGAAGAUUUUCAUCAAAAAAAAAUUCCUAUACCGUGGAAAGCUAUAUUCACAUCGAAACCAUUUUUGGCAUUAUGCGUAACACGCUGUUGCGCCGUCUGGGGCUUAUCGACAAUGCAACAUCAAAUUCCUUCUUACAUGAACGGUGUCUUGAAUAUGGAAAUCAAAAGCAAUGCUUUAUUCUCUGCUUUGCCCUUCUUAGCUAUGUGGAUUCUAUCAUACGUGUACGCUUUGGCAGCAGAAAUCAUACAACACAAGCAAUGCAUUAGUCUGACGGCUUUACGAAAGUGCAUUAAUACCAUGGCGUUUUGGUUACCUGCUAUAGGUCUGGUAGGAAUUGGUUUCCUAGACGAUGAUCAGAAAACUUUAGCGAUUACUCUAAUGACUCUAUUGGUGGGCCUUAACAGUGGCACAAUUAUUGGCUGCACAUUAAACACAAUCGAUUUGUCGCCUAAUCACGCUGGCAUACUAAUGGGUAUCGCUAAUACGACAGUAAGUUUUAUGCCCAUUAUAACACCUCUUGUGGUUGGCGUAAUUGUAACAGAUACGCAUAGUAGGACUCAAUGGCAGUUAGUUUUCCUAAUAGCUGCCUCGAUAUUCUUUGUGGGUAAUGUGAUUUAUCUUAUUUGGGGCACAGCUAAAACUCAACCUUGGGAUGCGCAAGAUUUCUUGGCCACCAAACCCAAAUCAAGUUCUGCUAGUAAUGAUAAGACGAACACAACUUCCUUGGAAAGUAGUGAUCAUGUAAAAAAUAGCUAAUAAAUUACA